AUGAAAGUGACAGUGGAAUCGGGUUCCGGGUGUUUUGGGGACGGAAAACGUUUUCCUCCGGGUUUCCGAUUUCAUCCCACCGAUGAAGAGCUCGUACGUUACUACCUCAAGAAGAAGAUCUGUAAAAAAAGGCAGCGUUUUGACGUCAUCAGAGAAAUCGAUUUUUAUAAGUGGGAUCCAGAAGAAUUGCCUGGGCUAUCUAAAUUGAAAACCGGUGACAAGCAAUGGUUCUUCUUUAGCCACAGAGAUAGGAAGCCAAAUGCAAGGUCAAAUAGGGGAACUAGGCAUGGAUAUUGGAAGGUGACUGGGAAGGAUCGUGUCAUCACAUGCAGUUCUGGCCCCGUUGGGGUGAAGAAGACCCUGGUCUUCUAUAAAGGUCGUGCAAAGAAAGGAGAACGUACGGACUGGGUGAUGCAUGAAUAUACAAUGGAUGAAGAGGAGCUGAAGAGAUGCAAGGAUGCACGGGAUUGCUAUGCUCUAUACAAGGUUUAUAAGAAGAGUGGGCCCGGUCCCAAAAACGGUGAGCAAUAUGGUGCACCUUUUAGGGAAGAGGAAUGGGAUGACGAUGAGCUAGAUGUCAACGGCCUUAUUGAUGAUGAGAACUCUGCAAAGCAAGUUAAUGGAACUGUGUCUAUUGAUAAUACCAGGGUUAAUUUUCAACGACAAUCGCCGUUAUGCGAUCUUGAGGAGUUCCUCAACCAGGGUGCUGAUGAACGUGGAAGUGAAACUGUGUCUUUAGAUAAUACCAGGGUUAAUUUUCAACUACUAUCCCCAUUACAUGAUCUUGAGGAGUUCCUCAACUGUAAUGAUGAUGAACCCAUAAUUGUUCCGCCUCUUGCUCUUGAUAGUGACCGUGUACUGGAACAUCUUGUGGGUGAGGAAGAAACCCUGAGCAACUUGGUUGAUCAUGGUUUAAGGAACAUGAUUUUACCUGAACAAAGCACAGUCCAACUGUGCAGCAGACAAAAUAAUGCGCAAGCCAGUUUUGACCUGACACGGUUGGGCAUAAUGCCAUUACAAGAACCAGAAGUGCCCCUAUCCACUUUAGCUCCAAAUGGUCUUGGCCAAAAGCUUCAUACCGCUGAAGAGGAUUUUCUUGAACUGGACGAUCUAAUUGGUCAGGGACCAACCUCUCAAACUCUUGAUAAGGCAACAGACAUCAUGGAAGAGCUGCAGUUUGAUGAAUUUGAUGGGUUGAGUGAGCUUGACCUCUAUCAAGAUGCAGCCAUGUUCCUUCGAGAGACUGAAUCGGAGCAGAUUUCUCGAUCAUAUAUGAAUAAUUUAGAGAAUGGAUUCACAAACCCAAUUUCAAAUUCUGGGCCAAACAACAAUCUUGUGAAUAAAACUGUGAACUACCAGGUGCUCGAGCCCUCGUUAAAUGAAACCAAUUGUCAGCUGUGGAUGCAUGAGCAAGAAUGCAGCCAUUUUUCUGUUGUGGAAGCAAAUCAGGGGGUCAUUCCUUCACCUACAUCAGGUGUGGUACAUUAUGAUAAUUCUGUCAAUCAUUCUACCGAAGCAAAUCAAAAUCGAAGUGGCAAACAGGAUGAUGGUACAGACUCGUGGUUCUCUUCUGCUCUCUGGGACUUCGUGGAGUCUAUACCUACAACUCCUGCUUCAGCUUCUGAAAGUGCUUUGGUAAAUAUGGCUUUUGAGCGAAUGUCUAGCUUCCGUAGGAUAAGAUCAAAUGCUAGAAACUCGAAUGUUGCUACAGGUAAUACCUCUGCAACUUCAAGAAGUUCGGGCAAAUCUAUAAGUAUAUUAUGUUUUUCUUUGCUUGGAGUAUUAUGUGCCAUCUUAUGGGUGCUGAUUGGAACAUCUGUAAGAGUAAAUGGUUGA